AUGCUGUUGCCAGGGCGGGGAACGCGCUUGCGCUCGCAGCUUGUCGGCGCUCUCAUCCUCCUGACCACAACCAUCCUGUGGGCCAGCGGCGGGCCCACCACUAAAUACCUCUUCCUGCUACCCACACCUCCCAGCGCCGCUCUACUCACUGCCUGCGUCUCCGUCAUCACGGCGCUCUUCCUAGGAGUAGGGCUUCUCGGAACGCUUAUGGAGACCAGUAGCCGCAGUAGCAGCGGCAGCCGCCGCACCCAGGCCGCCGCCGCAUCCAGCUACGGCGACAGUAGCAGCAACACCGCUGCCGCCGGCUCAGCCAGUCCUGAAGCCAUAGCGGCAGCCGCCGCCGCCGCCGCCGCCUCGCGCAGGUCCUCAGCGGCUGGUAUAGCUCAGGAGGAGGAAGCCGAGGCGGAGGCGUUAUUGCACAGCGGUAUGCAUAACACGGGCGCCGCAGGGGGCGCACUGGCGGCGGCGUGCGCGGCCGCGAGAGAGGCAGCUCAGGAGCUGGACUACUACCGGGGGCUAGGACGGGAGGAACGGGAGCACUACAUGUGGGCUCGGUCCCAGGAGUGCGCGCUGCCGCUGCUGACAAGCCACGGCAGCUAUUACCACAGCGCUAGAGGCAGCAGCUACAUCCGUACGGCGGAAGCGGGGGAUCCAGAAUGCGCCGCGAAGGGGGGGCCUCUGUCAGAUGGGGGGUCGCCGACCGGGGCCCCGCUAUCCCCCGGGGGCGGUGGGAGGAAGGCGGUGGCGCCGGCGCCCGCGAUGGGUAUGGUGGGGCUUUCGCACCGGCAGCUAAGCGAGGCGCCAGCGUUGGAGGCGGGACGUAGCGGGCGAGAUGGCGGCGAUGGCGGCGAUGGCGGCGGUAGAGGAGUUGGGCUGUGUGAGCAAGUACACGCGCGGCGGGGUCCCUCCCUGGAUGGUGUAGUCGGUUCGCCGCCACCGCCACUACGGCCGUCGUACGCCGUGUCAGGCGAUCUGGGUUGGUUGUCAGGGGGAGGAGGAGGCGCUAGCGGCCGCGGCAGCGGCGGCGGCGGGUUAGAUUCCCGCCCGCGGUCGGGGGGGGGAGGUGCAGCGGGCCGCUGGCGGCUGCGGUUGCUGACGGUGCCGGCGCACAGCCUGCCGGCGGCAGGACUUGAACUGGGGAUCUACAACGUCACGGCGGCGGCGCUAGGUGCCUGGGGUAUGCAGCGCAUUUCCGCCACGCGGUCCGCCUUCCUCACUCAGGCCACCAGCCUCCUCACGCCGCUGCUUGUUUGGCUCAGCGGGGGCCUAGUGAGCAUGACGGUGUGGAUUGCAUGCUGCUGCGGCGCCAUGGGCGGCGCCAUGGUGGCGCUGGAUAACGUGUACGGCAGUACGGCAGCGGCGGCAGCCGCCAACGGCGCCAGGCAUGCACGUCAGCUGCUUGGCAGCGUCAGCAGCGCCGCCGGUAAUUCUUUCGACCUGGCGUCGGGGGAUGACCGUCGUACGUUGCUAUCGGCGUCCGGCGCGCCAGUAGCGGCGGCGACGUCCGCGGCGGCGGCUGGGGCCCAGUGGCAGGUGGAGGGAUUGUGGCUUACAAGGCAGUCCAUGGGGGCGGUCUACGUGCUGCUGAGCUGUGUGUUCUGGGGCAUGGGGACUGUACGGCUGGGAGUGCACUCGGCACGCUACCCGCCGCUGCACCUGGCGGCGGCGGCGGCGGUGUCGUACGCGGGCCUGUCGCUGUUGUGGCUGCUCUGGGAGGUGUUGGGUCAGCAGACAGUGCCCCCAGCUCAAGCCCAGGUGCUGUUCAGCAGCACCCCGCUCUGGUCGGCCCUGCUGGCCCAGCUGCUGCUACCGGGGGAGGCCAUGGGCCCUCUGGCCUGGCUGGGGGGGGCCGUCAUGCUGGGGGCCUCGCUGCUGGCGUCGCUGUGGCAGUAG